UGGAGGUUAAAGUCUGCAACUUUUCAUCUGCGAAGGAGUGUUCAAACGCGAGAUGUAAACAAAACCCAAUUUCUCAAAUCAAAAUCCAAAGCGACCCAAUAGAAAAAUCUUCAAUCUGUUUCUAUUUCUGCAUCGAUGUUAUGAUCAGAGAUGCAAAUGUGGAGUGAUCGCGCAUUUUCUUGGGCUGGAAGUUUGACGAAACCAUGGCAGUAGACAAAACCGAGAAAGAUUCGGAGAUUAGCUCGAAGCCCCAGAAGAUGUCGUCUCCGAUGUUCCCGGAGAUGUCGGAGAGCACUACAAGUAGCAGACGGUGGGGGAAGAAACCGAGGAAGAUUUGGAAGAGACCCAUCAGAGUUUCCAGGUUGCCGAGCUUUGGGUUCGCCGGUUCCGAUUUCACGUUCGAUCAGAUUCCGGCAAUAUUUUCCGGCUACGCAGCUGGGUCGGAAGAUUCGUCUUCGUCGGAGUUGUCGGAUGCUUCUGGAAGUGACUCUCAAUCUAUCAGCUCAGUUGAUGAUGAGAACGCAGAGAUUAGCCAUGCGAGAUCAACAAGAGCGGUGCGGAAACGGGCGAGUUUGAAGAGGAUGAAGAGUAUUUCCAGAAUCCCGAGCAUGAAAUUCCGGAGACAAUUGACGAGGAAGCUGUCCGGAGGAAGAACUCAGACACGACAGAAACUCAAGAAAGUCAGAUCUGUGAAACUCAGGAAUUAUGGCGAUCGAUCUGUUUUGUCUGGUGAAACCAUUGGAUUAGCAUCUCAGCCUCGAUACUUGAAUCCAACAAGCUCGUCCGCAUCGAAGAAUGUCGGGAAGAUUCAGAAGAAUCUGAAACCAAACAUGGGAGCUACAGCAAAGAAAUUUUCUGGAGGUUUGACAAGAACAAGAAGCUUGAGAUACUCUGGCUUGCGCAGAGCUACAUGCUCUUCGGCUAUGAAAGAUUCUAAGAUCGGUAAUGAUGUUUCAGAUGGCAAAGUCUGCAACUACAUGUACUGUUCUCUGCAUGGGCAUCAUCAUCAUCAUGGUCAUGCGGAUGAUGCUAAUGUUUCCUCUUUGAAGCGGUUUGUGUCAAUGAGGAGGAGGUUACUGAAGAAGCAAAGGAGCACUAACCGGCGUUUGGUCUUGUUGAAGCGAUCUUUAAGCAGGAAGAGAGGUUCUGUAACUGGAACUGGUCGGAUAGUGACUGUCGGAGAUAGUGCAGAUCAAGAAUCAACCCAUGUAGAUCCCACUGCAGAUGGAGAAUCUAGUCGAGAGAUCUACCAAGAACGCGUUUCCAGCUCAGAAAUUUACGGGAAUGAUGAUGUAGAAUCUGUUCGACAACCCGCUGAGACCCGUGACUUAUCCUCGGGAGAUGUCGGUGAGAACCAAGAUCGAUGUAGCGGUUCGACAAUCCGAACUGAACUGCCAAAACCUGUUUUGUCCGCUAGAAAACGGUGGGAAAAUCUGAAUACGACCGAAGAAGAAGAUAGUGCAGAUCAAGAACCAACCCAUGUAAAUGUCACUGCAGAUGGAGAAUCUAAUCAAGAAAUCUACGAAGAACACGUUUCCACCUCAGAGAUUUACGGGAAUGAUGAUGUAGAAUCUGUUCCACAACCCGCUGAGACACAUGACCAAGAUGGAUGCAGCGGUUUGGCAAUCGGAACUGAUCUGCUAAAACCUGUUUUGUCCGCUAGAAAACGAUGGGGAAAUUUGAGUGAGGCCGAAGAAGAAGAAUCUGAGAGCCAACCCGAAAGAAAUACACAGAAGAAUGUGAAACUGUGGCGCCUUAUAUAUCAGCAGAUGGUGACAGGUCUCAGGGAAGAAACUUCAGAAGGUUCUGAGAAAUUCUGUGGAGAAAGUUCUAGAAGCUGUCAAGAUGGUUCUGGAGCAAUGGCAGAUGAAGAUGGCAGGAAAGAUGUUCAAGCCAUUGAUCAUGACAAGUCUGAUGCUGUUAAGAUUGUGAAGCAAGCGUUGGACGAGAUCCUUCCUGAGAUCACGGAUUACUCCUCUGAUGAUAAAUCCGUGAGCGGGGACAAAACUUCCGAGCAUGAACACGUGAAACGUGAAGACGAUCAAGGAUUGGACUUGUCUCGUUUUGCUUCUACUUCUUCUCUUACAGGGGAAGAAACUGGUCGGAGAGGUUCCAAGAAUUGGAGGUACUUGAAAAAUGCUUUUCUUCUGAAGAGAUUUCUCGAGUUGUUGGAAAAAGUUAGAGACUUUGAUCAGAGAGAGGCGAGGAAUCUGUCGGUCAAAUGUGACCGGGAAGAGGAUGAGACGAUGAGAUUGAGACGAGUGAGCAAAAACGCAGAAGAAUGGAUGUUGGAUUACGCGCUCAGGCAAGCGAUUUCAAUGCUGGAUCCGUCGCAGAAAAGAAAAGUGGAACUUCUUGUUCAGGCCUUUGAAACGGUAAUCCCGAUUGACAGGUUCAGGGCUCGUGUUUCAGGUUUCACUGCUUCUCACAUGGGGAAGAACAUUAAAGCCCAGAUGGAGAAAGCGAGUUCGGAAAAUAACUCGGGAGAAAACAAAGAUGAGGCUACUGAGAUCCAAGCUGUGUUUGGUGGCCCAAAAUCCGAUGAAACUGCAGAAUUAGAUGGAUCGAGUUCAUCUAAAGAAGAUGAGAGGAUAGAACACGGUGAAACCGAAACAAAGGCUGAAAAACAGAAUCUUAUCAAGUGGAGGAACCUUAUAUAUAAGCACAUGGCAACGUCUCUAACCGUUAACGAUGAGCGGAAGCAUCAUGUAUGCGAGAACGAACUCGUAGAAGAUUUCGAGCAAUCGGGCAGUGUAGAUGGAUCAAAGUCUUCCGAAUGUUCCUCCGGAACUGAUCAAAUACCGGGUCGUGCUGUUAAGUUGGUUCAACAAGCACUUGAAAAGAUUGUCUCGGAAAUUCCAGACCAACCUUCCGAUGAAGAUGCCAUUUCAUCGUCUUCUAAUUCUGGAAAACAAGAUUCGACAGGUCAAGACACGGGAAAUGGCUGGAACAACUUGAAAAGGGUAAUCCUUCUCAAGAGAUUUGUCAAGAGUUUGGAAAAAGUACGGAAACUGAAUCCAAGAAGGGUCCGGUGUCUGCCAGAGGAGUCCAACUUUGAAGCGGAAAAUGUUAACCUGAGGCACCGAUCAUCAGAAGACAGAAAUGAUGCAGAGAACUUAAUGCUUGACCAUGCUCUUCGUCAAGCUAUAUCGAGAUUGGCUCCUUUCCAGAUAAGGAAAGUAGCGCUUCUCGUGAAUGCAUUCGAUACUGUCCUCGAUGGCGGUGGAAAAUCCACCCCAUUUCGAGACGAUCAAGCUUGUCAAGAUUCCGCAACAAUGGUGAAUCCGGAAAAUCCUGACCAUGGAUCUUCUCCUAUGGAGUCCAAGACUGAUACUACUUCCCGAAACAAUGGUGAAUCAGGUGGGGGAGGCAUGAAUGGUCAGAAACCAAACCCGAAGAAAGAUCACGACUUCAACGCGGAUGAGCAGAGAACUACAGCCGGAUUUUCAAGAAUUCGGGUGAAUCAAAGAGACUGGAAAGAGCAAGUCGAAGAGAAAGAUACCAAAUUGUGGAAACUGAUCUACAAACACAUGGUAACUGAUCUUCAGACAACAAAGGACGGUACUGAUCGAGCCUAUGGGGUGAAGAUUUCAGAUCGUAAAGAUGGCUAUUAUGGUGCAGAACCGAUGGCGGCAGCUGAAGACAGAUGCCGUGAUGAGGAUGGUCUGAAAAUCGAUGACAGAAGCAGUGGCGUUGUAAGGUUUGUCCGGGAAGCACUGGAGAAGGUUCUGUCUGAAAUCCCGGAUCAGUCAUCAGAUGAACAAUCCAUGAAUAGUGAUGUAACCACAGAUCAAGAACUUUUCGAAAGGGGUUCUGAACUCGGAGAAGAGCUUGGUCCUUCAGCUUCCAUGGCUGCCAUAACAACUCAGGUAAUGGGACCGGAGGCAAGACACAAGUCGAGUGAGAAAACCUCGAGGGGCUGGAGCAGCCUGAAAAAGGCGAUCCUUUUGAGGAGGUUCGUGACAGAGUUGGGAACUCUAACGAAACAUAGUAACAGAACGCCUCGGACUCUGCCUUUGGAAUCCGACCCAGAAGCUGAGAAGAUCAAUCUGAGGCAUCGGCCAUUAGAAGGGAAGAAAAGUUCCGAGGAAUGGAUGCUUGACUAUGCUCUACGACAAGCCAUUUCGACGUUAGCGCCUUCGCAGAAGAGAAAAGUCGCUCUUCUUGCACAAGCUUUCGACACCAUCAGCUUACAAGACACCAUUAGUUUCUCGAGUCCCAGCUCUCGUCGAUCCAGCAAUUCUGGUGGUUCACCAGAAGCAAGAACACCGAUUUCAAAUCCCGUGAGUGGCCAAGAAAAGUCGGGAUAUGGAUUUGGCAAGGAAGAAGUGGCUGACUCCACUUUUCGGGAUACGAAUGAAGAGGGAACCCGUGUUUUCCACCGCAACGAAACAGAUGAUACAUGCAAGAUGUCGAGUGAAAAACCGAGAGAUUCACAAGAAGAGGGCGAAUUGGCUGGUGAAACCGCUAACGUGCAGCAAUGUACGAGCCUGUGGAGGUUAUUAUGCAAGCACAUGGAAUCGGGUGUUGCAGAGAACGAGAGAAACCAACCGUCUUUGGGGGCAACCAUCAAGGAGGAAGAAAACAAAGGCGGGUCUGAUUCCGAUGAUCAAAAUGCAGGUGGUGAAAGCAUGGAGCUUUACCAGAGUGAAGCCGUAAAGCUGUUGGAAGAAGUCAUCGAUGAAAUAUCUCUUCCAGACAGCGAAGGUGACCAUACAGGCAGUACGAUUUCAGACCGGAAACAUCUAGAAGAAACAGAUACCGAAAAGGAAGCGAGCCAGAAGGCAGAAACUGAGCAGAUGCCACAGGUGAGGAAAGGCUGGAGCAACCUGAAAAGAGUGAUCCUUCUGAAGAGAUUUGUCAAAGCACUCGAGAAAGUGAGGAAGUUCGAUCCAAGAGAGCCGAGGUUUUUGCUGUUGAACCCCGACCCAGAAGCCAAAAAGAUCAACCUAAGGCAUCAAGAAACUCGGGACAAGAGAAACGGCGAAGAAUGGAUGGUAGAUUAUGCACUUCAAGGCGUUGUUUCCCAACUAACACCUGCUCGGAAAAGGAAAGUUCAGCUGUUAGUACAAGCUUUCGAGACCGUCUCGGUUACAGGGAACUGAAUCUAUAGACCGUUAAUGGAAAUCACCAGAGUUUAGCCCACAAGCUCUGUCACAAAUCAAAAGAAACAGAGCAUCGAGCAAGAAGAUGGUGGUUGCAGAGAAACAAAAGGAACUCGUGGUGUUGGGUUUUGUCCUUUUAGGACAGAUUCAUUUUUGUGGAUUUCUUCUGUUUGCAAUGUUCAGUGUGAAUGUGUGUGUAUACAUCACAAGAAAGUCAUUUCAUUACUGUUAUUGUUAUUACAUCGUUUCAAGAAUUGAAAGCAGAAAUCCAUGUAUUCAUUCUUCUUUCCCUUGUGUUCAUGACUUGUCAAUGUUGCUUUCGUUCA